AUGAGCUACAAUCGUCAUCCGAGACAACUUCCUACCUACCCACCUAACUACCUACCAACCUACCUCAUGAAGAUUAUUCAUCAAGAUACUUUUGCAUGCAUCAUUCAUCAGUCUGUUAGCCAACCAACUGACGAAUUUUCAAUUCCCCCCCCAUUCAUAUCUAAAUGCUCAAAAUGUAUUUAUAUGGUGAGAAAAGAACCAAGCAGGAGACGGCAGGCGAAGAGGCCGAUGAAAAGCACCACUCAAUAA